CACUCAAGCCACCUCUCUCCUGCUUUAUGCAGAGUUGCUUGCAUUUCUCGGGUGUUCAGGGCCUGCAGGAUUGCACACUCAAGGGGGAAGUCAGCCUGCUUCCUCAUUAGUCAUCAUUUCUUGAUCUGACUUCUUCAGCUUGGCCACAUAACCUUGCUCUGCACCGCUUGGUCUGCACUCGCCUGCCCUGCGCAGCUCAGCCGGGAUGAAGGGGGCUCUCGGACCCCUCCUGCUCUCCCUCCUUCUGCUCCUCCAAGCUGGAGCAUGGUCCGGAGCCGGUGCAGACGCCGCCGCGACAGAGCUGGUCGGGACCGCGGGGGAGACGGUCACGUUUCCUCUCGAGAUCCCGGCAGGGGAGACAUUAGAUAAUGCUGCCUGGACGAUUGGCACAGAGGGUCUGGCAACGGUGCUACCAGGAGACCCCCCGAGUGUCGUUGUGUCAGACAGGCGCUAUAGGGGCCGCCUGCGUGUCCCCAACGCCGGCCUCGCACUGCACAUCACCGACCUGAGGCCGGAGGACGCGGGGUCCUACACAGCUAGAGUCAACACGGAUAAGAGCCAAUUCACCCGGUUCUUCACACUGCGGGUCUACGAGCGGCUGCCCCAGCCCACGAUUCACUGCAAUGCCCAGAGCUGUGCAAAUGGGCUCUGUAACACCACUCUGAGCUGCACCAUCCCCAACGGAGGCAGCAAAGUGACCUACAGCUGGAGCACCCCACAGCCCCUCAGUAUGACUGCUCAAGGAUCCAUUGUGGUCAUCUCUCACCCAGAUCUUAUGAUAAACGUCACGUGCACAGUGCAGAACUCCGCCAGCAGCAGCUCCACGACGGCCUCUGUCAAGGCACUUUGUGCAGCAAACACGCCUGCCCAGGCCUCAUCACUGUCCUACUGCCAAGGCAAGGGGCUCAUCCUGUUGUUGGUGCUAGGGGUGCUGAUCACCGGGACCGUGGCAGUGCACAUCAUGGCUGGCAAGCAGCCCAAACAGGACUGAGCAGGGCCCAGCCCACACCAGCCCUGCUCCGCCCCGGAAGAGAAGAAUCGGGGAGGCUGCAGCAAGGAGGAGAAGCAGCUGGUGGGCUGCAGGGGUCUGGCUCCGAGCGUCGGAGACCAGUUCCUAAAGCAUCACGGCUGCCCUGGACAAGUGCCACCCCUUCGCUGCCUCCUCCCCUGCCCAGCGGGGUCAAAUGAUCAAGACCCCUAGUCUACAGUACAGUAACCAGCUGGGCUCAGGGGCCCUCAGACACGGGCAACACACAACACCACUGUCCUGGGGGCAGCUGCAGCCUCGAAACAAACUUUCCUCCUCUGCACUGUCCGCCUCUGAACCCUCAGGGUCAAUCCUCCCCCCACGCCCCAAGAGCCCCAUGAGGUUGCACUGUGGAUCCCGGGGCUUCUUCAGCCAUCAGCACUGUGGGUGCCAACGUCCGUGGGAGGCAGGCUCUCCACUGGUAGGGGUAACGCCCAAGCACCCCCCCACCCCCAUUUCCCUUUUGCAGCAAACCCAGCCCCAUCAGGGGGGAGCUCCCAACAAACCUUGCUGCCUGUUCCCGCACUUCCCACCCCUCCUUGAAAUCCUGCCUCCACUGCAUCCACCCCGGUGCCCUGCCUGGCCCCUGACCUGCUGCUCUGCCCAGGCAGGGCACUGCUCUACUGCUGGGCCAAGGGGCUCGUCCUGCUGCCACCGGCCCUGGUGCCCAGGGGGAGGCUUUACACAGGCUUGGACCCAGGAGCAGAGACCCCACAGGGUGCUCUGUUGGGACCAGGAGCCUCCUGGCCUGCAUUUUGAGCUUUGUGCUGAGUUUAAGCUCCGUGCUUUGUUUGAAUCCACUGUAAGGAGCAGGUGGAAAAAUACUGUCCCUGCCUGAAAACAAAAGGAGAACUUGGCAUACUAAAUUGAAUAAAUAUAGCCUGGACAAAAGAGCAAACCUACCCCCACCUAAGAAUGAAAACAUCAUCUCAGAAUAGAGAAUCCCAGUUAACGGUUACCAUAUUUGGCAAACACAAGCACUAUUAUUAAUAUGCAUUAGGAGGAAGGCUUAAGUUGAUUUUCUGUAUUAAGAAAUGCAAGCUAGCUGGUAUGUAAAUGAAGGAGAGGGCAUGGAUCCUUCUGCACCUAGUCCUGGGUGAUCCGGUCACUGAUCCAAAAUCCAGAACUCAAACGAAGGAGUCGGGAACCUCUGAGUUGCGCACCGUGCCAAGGCAGGCGGGUUUCCUCCUAGCGGCGAGCAGCUCUUUCUGGGCGGGGUAGUACCCUGCCCCAGGUAAUGCAGAGUUAGCCUCCCACUUUCACCUCCAGCGGGAAGAUCUUGGCUACACCGGACUGCUUUGAAAAGGGAGACUCCUUCCUAGCUUGCUCCUGUGGCCCUAGGGCUGAGGGCAAGUGAAACUCAGGGUCACCCAAACCCAAAGCCUUUGGGCUUGGGCCUGCAGGUGGGAUGCCCACCACAGGAGUUGGAAAUAUCUGAAGCCUGAGCUGGGGGAGGAGGCUGCUUGAGGGUAGGAGGGCCACAUAUGGUUCUUCAAUGACUCAUGGAUUUGGAAUUGAUCUGGCUGAUGGGACUUGGGACAUGAAAAAAUUUCCUGGCAGACCAGUCUCCAGCCUUGGAGCAGCCCCCUGGACAACCCGGUGGGAAGCUGCAGAGCUGGGAGCACCAUUUCCCCAGCACUGGGGCAGUCCUCCUGGCUGGGCUGUCCCCCAUUUCCCUGGCCACGGGUAUGUGAGCAGCCCCAUUAUCUUCCUGCAGCAGGUGCAGCAGAGUCCCCAGCUGGCAUCCAGGUGGGGUGACUGAGCUGAAAACUCAGCUCAAAGCUGGCAUCCAGGUGGGAAGACUGAGCUGAAAACUUUCCAGCAAUCCAGCAAGUCCUUCAUCCAUAUCUAUCAACCUCUGGAUUGGGUCAGAAUCCUUUUUCCUUUAACUAAUCUGUCCCUGUAUGGGCCCAGACUGCACCCCCAUGGAUUUAGCUUUCUAGGAAAUCCAGUCCCUGCAAAAAAAUUCAUUGCCUCCCUCUCCCUGGGCAGCAUUCACAUUCAAGCCCUAGUGUGGCUCUGCCCGUAGCAGACCUAUGUCAUCUCCUGCACAUAGAUGCUUCCUUGAAAGCAUGGAUAGCGAUUCUCCUGGUUGCACUGGGUUUCUAUAGCUGAGAUGCAGGACAGAGCUGCUUGCCCAGCUGCCUUCAGGGGAGCUGCUCCUGAGACGUACAAGGACUAAGAGGACACAGCCUCAGCAUCGGUCCUGCUUCACUACCUGGCAAGCUAUACAAAAAUCAGCUUCAAGGAUCCAUUGUGAUAAUCUCUUACCCAGAUCUUCUGAUAAUCGUCACACGCACGGUGAAGAACCACGCCAGCAGCAGCUCCACGACAGCCUCUGUCAAGACCCUUUGUGCAGGUAACAUGCCCUGUGGGGAAGCUCCAUUUAGCCUGCACCCAGGGCGAAUGGGCCUCAGGGUCACAGGUUUGCCACCAUGAGGCUCCUGACUCUAGAUGCUGCCCCCUCUCCACCAGAAAUUCCUGCCCUGCAGAUUCCCCCUGACUCUACUACCCAGGGAGCCACAUGCAGCAUCUCUGUGCAGGGACGGGCCAGGCCUGGAGUCCCUUGCAGGGCUCCUCCUCCCCCUGUGAGCGCCCCAGGGGCUGGCCCCAUCCCCACUGUACCCCAGGGCAAACACUGCAGGGCAGCACCAGCCAUUUCCCCCUGCCUCUAACCUGGCUUGCUCUAGUUCCAGCGUAAACACGCUCCCAGGCUUUGUCACUGUCCUACUGCCAGGACAAGGGGCUUAUCCUGCUGGUCGUGCUGAGGGCUCUGAUCACCUUGACAAUGGCAGUGCAUAUCAUGGCCAGCCAGAAUAUGAAAUGGGACUCAGUGGGGCUCAGCCCAUACGAGCCUUGCUCCGCUCUGGGAAGGAAGGACUGGGGGAGGAUGCAGGAGGGAGGAGAAGCAGCCGGUGGGUCUUUGGGGUCCAGUUCCAAGUGUCGCAGGCCAAUCCCUGAUGCAGCACCCAGCACUGUGGGCCCACGGACACCCUGGAACCAGGGGGUCCCCACCACGGCUGCCUCCUCCCCUGUGCACUGGGGCCAGCAGAACCCAUGCCAGGCUCUCCACUGGCAAGGCCAUUUCCCCAGGGGGCCUCUCCUGCCAGCUCUGAUGUCCCACCAAGGGGUCUGCUCCAGGCUGGCCUCCGGCCCAGGGGCUGGGGUGGGAGGUGGGAGCAGGGUGUUCUCUGCCAUCCCGGCCGUGGGUCCAAUGGAGGGAAGCACAUUGGAAGCAAGACCUCCCUAUGCCAGAGCAGGAGACCUGAGGGGCUGGCAGCUCACAGGGUGACGGAGGAUCAGGGGAGACUUCCUGAGACAUGGGUUUGUGGGGCUCCGAGUCCCAGUGCCAGAAUCCAGUCCAGUCCAGAGGAUUUACACAGGCUCGGACCCAGGAGCAGGGACCCUGCAGGGUGUUGUGUUGGGACCCGUGGGCCUUCAGGCCUGGGUUUUGACUUCUGUGCUUAGCUUAAGCUGCAUGCUUAGUUGAAUUGUGGUUGAGACAUGUAGCCAGUAAAAGGAACAGAUGAAAUAAUACUGUCCCUACCUUAAAACUGACCAGGAAGUUGGCCAACUAAAUUGAAUAAAUAUAGCCUGAGCAAAGAGCAACAGUAAGAGCAAACCUACCUCACCUAAAAAUGAAAAGAUGAGCUUGGAAUAGAGACUCCCAGUCAAAGGUAACCACAUUUGGCAAACAGGAGCAGCUGGUAUCAGGAGCAGUGCCCCAGGGGUCAGUCCUCAGGCCGGUUUUCUUCAAUGUCUCCAUCAUUGACCUGGAGGAUGGGAUGCAGUGCACCCUCAGCAAGAGUGAAGAUCACAUCAAGCUGGGGGAGUAGUAGAUACACUGGAGGAUAGGGCUAGGAUUCAGAGCGACCUAGACAAAUUGGAGGACUGGGCCAAGAGGAGUCCCAUGAGAUUCAACAAGGACAAAUGAAAAGUCCUGUACUUAGGACGGAGCAAUCCCAUGUGGCGGUACAGGACAGGGCCAACUGGAUGGGCAGCACCACCUCAGAAAAGGACCUGGGGAAAAGGAGAUGAAUAUGAUUCAGCAGUGUGCUCUGGGUGCCAAGAAGUCUAACAGCUUCCUGGGCUGCAUCCGUAGGAGCAUUGCCAGCAGUUGGAGGGAAGUGAUUCUUUCCCUCUAUUCAGCACUGGGGAGCCCACAAUGGGAGUCCUGUGUCCAGUUUUGGGCCCCCCACUACAGAAAGGCUGUGGACACAUUGGAAAGAGCUCAGCAGAGGGCCAAGAAAAUGGUUGUGGGGCUGGGGGACAUGACUUGUGAGGAGAGGCUGAGGGCACUGGGCUUAUUUAGUCUGCAGAAGAGAAGAUGAGG